UUCUUCCCAGCCCGGCUCUGCAGAGCGAAGAUAUGCGGUCUCCAGUUUAGGAAAGCACUUGCAACACCGACCAGAAGCCACCGCACGCAUCAGCAGAUCUCAUCCGAUUGCUCGGUAAAGACUGCCGGUCUGCACAGGUCUCCUCCCCCCGCUGGACGUCGGAGCCAGUCCUUGGCCCCUCUACAGUCGGACGGUUCCAGCUCCCGGAGUCCUGGAGGCGGCGGCGGCGGCCCGGCCCGGCCCGGAAGGAGCAGCAGCGCCGGGGAAAGGAGCAGGAAGAGAAGAAUCCAUCUCCUAGGAAACCAGCACUGGAGAAACGAGGAAAAUUCUUCCAAGGAUGGUCUCCCACUCAGAGUUGAGGAAACUUUUCUGUUCAGCUGAUGCAGUGUGCUUCGAUGUUGACAGCACAGUCAUCAGAGAAGAAGGAAUUGAUGAGCUGGCCAAGUACUGUGGAGUUGAGGAUGCUGUGUCAGAAAUGACACGGCGUGCCAUGGGUGGGGCGGUGCCUUUCAAGGCUGCGCUCACAGAGCGCUUAGCUCUGAUCCAGCCCUCCAGGGAGCAGGUGCAAAGGCUUAUAGCGGAGCACCCACCACACCUGACCCCAGGCAUAAGGGAGCUUGUAAGUCGCCUACAGGAGCGAAAUGUUCAGGUUUUCCUGAUAUCUGGUGGCUUCAGGAGCAUCGUGGAACACGUUGCUUCAAAGCUCAAUAUCCCACCAACCAAUGUAUUUGCCAACAGGCUGAAAUUCUACUUUAAUGGUGAAUAUGCAGGUUUUGAUGAGAUGCAACCCACAGCCGAAUCUGGUGGGAAAGGAAAAGUUAUUAAGUUUUUAAAGGAAAAAUUUCAUUUUAAGAAAAUAGUCAUGAUUGGAGACGGAGCCACAGACAUGGAAGCCUGUCCCCCUGCUGAUGUGUUCAUUGGCUUUGGUGGAAAUGUGAUCAGGCAGCAAGUGAAGGACAACGCUGACUGGUACAUCACUGACUUUGUGGAGCUCUUACGAGAACUGGAAGAGUAGCAGCAGCUUUUUGCAACUCAUAAUUUUAGGUUAAUUUUUCAGAGUUAUACAGUUUGUAUACUGUUUACUUACAAUUACUUAUUAUAACUUAAUGUAUAAAUUUGAUACUGAUUAGCUAGACUUCCAAGAAAAAUGAGUUUGGGCUCCUAGAAAAUUGUUAGUAAGCUAUAGUUAACCAAGAGUAUUAUGACCAUUAGUUAUCUGGAGAGUUUUAUAAUCUGACUUGUGUCUUCCUAGCUGUAUUUUAUUUGAAGACUUUGAAAGAUGGAUAGAAAAUUAACCAUCUUUACUACUGAAAACAUGGAUUAGGCAGCUUUAAGUGAAUAUUGGUUUCCUCUUUGUUAUAUAAAUAAAAGUUUGUCAAUGUAUCAGAACGAAGUUUUGGAAUUUUCAGUAGGGCUAUCAUGUAUUUUAAUAUUCAAUGUUUCAAGUACUUUCAGUAGAAACAACCCCCAGCAAAAAGCCAAGGAGUGGAGACCCCUGAGCUGGGGCAGAAUGCUUGGCACGAGGGGGGACCUGCCACAGCCCUGGCCACCCCCAGCUAGUAAAGUCCUGCUCCAGGUGGAUGGAAGCACCUUCGGUACCUUUUGGACUUUGUCACAGAGGAAACAGUACAAAGGAAGACUUUUUAAAAACUGACAGGAGCUUGUGACAAAAGUACUAACCUUCAAAACUGGGUAUUUGACAAUCACAUGAAGUAAAAUUCUACUCAUCUGCAAUGAAGAUGAAACUCCUAAUCACCCAUGUGAACCAUUUCUUUUUCACAGGUGACUUGGGAAGAACUGAAAUCCAGGCUGAUAUUUAUUCUGAGCAGUGCCAAGACAGGGAAAUUUCAAAACAUGCUUUGAAUGUAGAUUAUAUACCCUCCCUGGCAGAAAAGUUGGGUGGAUAAAGAAAGGUUCAGGAAGAGGAUACUACUGGAUAACUAAGUAGAAAAGGCCAGAAGGUUUUACUAUUGGAAAUUAUUUGAAACUUUUAUAAUCUAAAAAAAAAAUAAAAUGUGAUCAUAUCA